AUGAGGGUCCAGGUUAGGUUCAUGGUGAUAGAAAUGAGGAGGAAGGAACACAUGUGGGAAAAAAAAAAGAGAAACAACUCAGAGGUGGGGAUAUUGGACUUUGAAAACAGCCAGCUGUUUGGAACAAUUGUAAGAGAGAAGUCAAAGAUGACUGGGAUAUUGAUCCUUAGCAAUUGGGAGGAUGGUGGGACAUCUGACUACUUUUUACAUUUUUUUUUUAAGAAAUGGAAGACUAUAUUAUGCACAGAAAAAGUAGUAGCAGGAAGUCAGCAUGUUUGUGCCAGUUCCCAGUCCCUCAAGCCCACAAGGGUGACUUAG